AUGAUGGUUCUUUAUGCAAAAGGAAAAAAUGGAGCACUUGAGGAACUUCACCGAACAGAAGUAGUUCUGAAUUCAUCAAGUCCAGCAUGGAUUACUAAACACACCCUCAUUUAUCACUUUGAGGUUGUUCAGGUUUUAGUGUUUCGUCUGUAUGAUGUUGAUACUCAGUUUCACAAUGUAGAUAUAAAGAUGCUUGAGCUAGAUGAGCAGCAAUUUCUUGGUGAGGCUACCUGUGUACUAUCUCAGAUAAUCACACAACGUGAUCAAUCAUUGACUAUAGAUCUAUACACAGAAGAUUCUUUGAGAUCUACCCUUCCCAAAAACUGCGGGAAACUCAUGGUUCAUGCUGAGGAAUGUGUUAGCUCAAAGACUGCAAUAGAAAUGGCAUUCAGGUGUUCAGAUUUGGAAUACAAGGAUCUCUUCGCAAGAAAUGACCCCUUUUUGUUGAUAUCAAAAGUUGUAGAAGGUGGUGUCCAAAUUCCAAUUUGCAAAACAGAAGUUAUAAGGAAUGAUCUCAACCCAAUGUGGAAGUCUGUGUUUGUGAAUAUUCAACAAGUAGGAAGCAAGGAGAGUACUUUGAUAAUAGAGUGCUAUAACUUUAAUAGCAAUGGAAAACAUGAUUUAAUUGGAAAAGUGGAAAGAUCUUUGGCUGAGUUGGAGAACAUUCAUAAUAAUGGCAAAGGAGAAAAUUUAUGUUUGCCAUCUUCUGGUGGACAAAACCAUGAUAACAAGGUGUUAAAGAGCCAACUAUUUGUGGACAAAUUUAUUGAAAGUGUCCAAUAUACUUUUCUGGAUUACUUGGCGGGGGGAUUUGAAUUGAACUUUAUGGUGGCUGUUGACUUUACAGGUGCAGUACAAUAUCCUCAAACUUCUUGUACUGAUCUCUGGUACAAAUAUAAAUAUCAAGUGAUGGAGACUGACACGAUAAUAUUAUGA